AUUGGUGUCUGUAACCUGUAAUAAAAUCAAUAAACCCUACCAAUAACGAACCCCAAAACCCUGUAGAAAAACCACAAUCCCCCGAAAGUCUCCUCAUUCAUCGCCAAUGGAGCUGCAAUCGGAAGCCCAACAACCGCCAAUUCACUACGAAACCUUGAGCCCACUCCCACUCUCCUCUCUCAGCGCUCCUCCCUCCCCACCGCUCGACCAGCCCCUCCAACCCUACACCGUCUUCCGUAAUGAAAUCUCCUUGGAUGUCGUCAAUUCUGUCUCCGUUGAGUCCGCUGCUCCCGAUUACUUCUCGCUUGAUGUUGACGAGCCGGAGCCGGAACCAGAACCCAUCUCGGUUUCGGUCGGAGCUGAGCCAAUAACGCCAAUUAAAGCAGCAGAACCAAAGACGCCAGGAGAGCCAAGGCUCGAGAGAGGGUGGUUUCGUGGGAAUAGUAGGUUUAAAAGCCCGAUGCUUCAGUUGCAUAAAGAGAUAUUGGAUUUUUGUGAUUUCUUGUCCCCAACUCCAGGAGAGCAAGCAUCCCGUGAUGCUGCCGUGGAAUGUGUAUUUGAUGUUAUCAAAUAUAUAUGGCCCAAUUGCAAGGCAGAGGUUUUUGGGUCAUUCAGGACAGGGCUUUAUUUACCAACAAGUGAUAUUGAUGUUGUGAUUCUGGAGUCUGGUAUCAAAAACCCACAGCCUGGUUUACUGGCACUUUCUAGGGCAUUAUCGCAGAGGGGGAUUGCAAAAAAAAUGCAAGUGAUUGCAAAAGCUCGUGUACCAAUAAUUAAAUUUGUGGAAAAGAAAAGUGGCGUUUCGUUUGACAUAAGCUUUGAUGCAGAUAAUGGACCAAAAGCUGCUGAAUUUAUCAAGGAUGCUGUAUCAAAGUGGCCUCCAAUUCGCCCAUUGUGUUUGAUCUUGAAAGUAUUCUUACAACAGAGAGAGCUCAAUGAGGUUUAUUCAGGAGGAAUAGGUUCAUAUGCUCUCCUUUCCAUGCUUAUGGCAAUGUUGCAGAGUCUCCGUGAAACCCAAACUUCUCCGGAACAUAACUUAGGGGUCCUCUUGGUACACUUUUUUGAUUUUUAUGGAAGAAAAUUGAACACUGCGGAUGUUGGUGUGUCUUGCAAUGGAAGAGGGACCUUCUUCCUGAAAAGCAGCAGAGGGUUUGCAAAUAAAGGACGGCCAUUUCUUAUUUCCAUCCAGGACCCACAGACACCAGAAAAUGACAUUGGGAAGAACUCCUUUAACUAUAUCCAGAUCAAAUCAGCCUUUGCAAUGGCGUUUACAACGUUGACAAAUCCAAAGACCAUUUUGGGCCUGGGGCCUAACAGAAGCAUACUUGGGACCAUAAUAAGGCCAGAUCCGGCCUUGCUGGAGCGCAAAGGGGGAUCCAAUGGUGGAGUAACUUUUACUGCCUUGCUUCCUGGAGCUGGAGAGCCUUUAGAACCACUCUCUGGCCACCAGGAAGAGAUUUUGUGCAAUUGGCAGUUAGAUGAUGAAGAGCCGCUGCCUCGAGGUCAAGGUAUUGCUGAAGAUGCUAGUGCUCAUUCCUCUGGAAAGAAGAGAAAAUCUUCAUCCAAGGAGAAGUCUAGCAAGAAGAAACUGAAAGAAAAUGGUGAAAUGAGGACCAGACACGAAGAAAGUGGCUCAAGGAAAGGAAAGGGUUCAAGAAAAAAAAGUUUGGGGCAUAACCAUAAUGAUGGUAUGAGUUUUAGUCGUUAUACUGGUGGUUCACCAUGGAGUCACUAGGAUGAUAUUCCCCCAUGCCUUCAAAUGGAUUCUAGCUGCAUAAAUCUGUGUAGCAAAAGAAUGUAUCUACUCAAUGCAGUGAUGGCAAAGCCCUUCAUGUCACUUGUGCUGGGUUGCAUUAGAGAUCACAAUGCCUGCUGGAGCUGAACCUUCUAAAUUGAUUGAUGCAAAGCAUCUAAUGGAUUCAAUCUAAUUAGGUGGUUAAUGCUUGUUUUCUGUUUCUGGCAUGGAGAAAAGGUACUAGACAAGUUUGCGGUGACUGGAGUUCUGAAUCUGGAAUGUUGAGCCCCAUAAUCUUAGUUGCUUAAUUAUGAGUGAAAAAUCAGGGACCAUCUCUGUGAUUUUGCUUCACAAAACAUAAUUUAGUGGAGAACUAUUUGAUCCAAUCUAUUGGUUGGUUCAUAAUGUCAAAUUGUAUUUUUCAGAUAUAAAUGUUAUUUUAUUAU